AUGCUACAGAAUGAAAGAGUUGUUGCAAACAAUUACAAACCUACAAUUCAUGAAGAUACAAAUUCAGUGGAACUCCGAGUUGUCACGUCAUCUAGGAAACAAAUCAUCGAAGGUUUCGGCGGAUCGGUUACCGACGCCGCUGCCAUCAACUGGCGCACGCUGUCGGAUGCUACACAGCAGCGAUUAAUCGAUUCAUACUACGGUCCCGAAGGCCUAGAGUACAACAUGAUGCGAGUUCCAAUUGGGGGCGCUGACUUCUCGACUCAUCCAUAUACUUACAAUGAGUUACCCUGGAACGAUGGUGCUUUGACUAACUUCUCACUCAGCCCGGAAGAUCUAUUCUAUAAGCUACCCAUGAUUAAAAUGGCAAAGCUGGCAGCGACUGAUAAUAUAAAAAUAACCGCAAGUACGUGGUCACCGCCAGUUUGGAUGAAGACGAAUGAAAAGAUCACUGGUUUCGGACGACUGAAAUCCGAGUUCUACCAAGCUUAUGCUGAUUACCAUUUACGUUUCAUUGAGGAGUACGACAAGGCAGGUGUCAAGCUCUGGGCAGUAACCACUACCAACGAACCAAUCAACGGCAUCGUGCCUCUAGUGAGAUUCAACUCUCUGGGCUGGCUACCAUCACAUCUCGGUCGAUGGGUCGCGAACAAUUUGGGACCAACGAUAAGAAAUUCCCGCUUUAACGACACUCUGAUCCUAGCUGUCGACGAUCAGCGAUACAUCUUAUCAUUCUUCUUGAGUGGUAUGGAAAGAGGAGAUCCUAAGUCUAUUGAAUACAUCGAUGGAAUAGCAAUACAUUAUUACGGGAACUACGUGCCGGCGACUAUUUUGUCGACAUUACAAGAAAAAUAUCCCAACAAAAUACUCUUAUCAACAGAAGCUUGUGAAGGUGCGAUGCCCUGGCAUCUCGACAAGGUCGAAAUCGGCUCGUGGAGGCGUGCUGCUAGUUACAUCCGCAAUAUCCUAGAGGAUUUGAAUAACUUCGUGGUCGGGUGGAUCGACUGGAACCUGUGCUUGGAUAAAAAUGGCGGUCCAAAUUGGGCGGACAAUUUCGUCGAUGCGCCGAUCAUAGUUUAUGGGGAUGCCGACGAAUUUGUGAAGCAGCCGAUGUACUACGCUCUCGGUCAUUUUUCUAAAUUCAUCCCACGCGGAUCUCGAGUCUUAGAAGUUUCAAGUUUGAGUGCUACGACGAUGGAUAACAUAGCUGUUCUUACUCCGGAUGGCAAUGUAGUUGUUGUUCUUCACAAUACUGAAUCAUUCGAGUUAAAUGUCCGUGUUUGGAUAAGUAGUAGCAGAUACAUCAAUCUCUCUUUGGAACCUGAGUCCGUAAAGACUGUCGAAAUCAACCACAAUUUAUAA